CCAUAUGACUUAUAUCUAUCACUUCUCAUUUUACAAGCGAACUCUAAUCUUAGAGCUAUCGCCAGUUGAAUGGAUCAUGAACAUUUAUUCUGUUCAAUUGUCGUUAUUUCAAACUGAAAAUAGUCAAAGCCGUUGGUGUGCCAAAUAUUGUACUUUCUUUCUUUCUAGAGUGUGGCAGACUUGGCAGGAAAUCCCAUCUAACUAUAAUGGCGGAGACUGGACUUAGUAUCAAUAAGUGCGAUGGGUGAAACUGCGUCGUGUUUGAAUUCAUUAGAACCGAAGUAAUAGCAAAAUCAUAUCUAUUGGAUAAUAUGGUUCAUUCUAUUUAUAGAACGAUCACUUGCCAAAGCAUGGACAUCAAAAUUAACAUAUGAAUAGAGGAUGACCUGGGCCCAUUCAUUGAGGUCUAUCGAACGCAUUCAACGCUUUCAUCGCCACGGAGAUGAUGUGAUUUCCACAAUCUACAUGGAAGACAGUGGAAAGUACCACAACAUGAGCGAUUUCCAAGGGGUGGUUCCGAUCAGGACGUGUGUUGACGAUUACUCUUACAAAUACUCACAACGUUACACGUGGUCCGGGGAUCAGGGUGCGCUUUCGAGAUUCAGCACUCAGAAACCCCCAGAUUUCAUUAAAACUGAGCUAAAUGACAUCCCUAAACUCCAGCUAGAUCACCUUCAAUCCCCACCCACGGAACUCCAAUUGUCAGCAGCCAAGCAAUGUCCAAAUAUCAAACAAGAACUGCAUGAAUAUUCAACAAGCAAGGAAGUUACAAAUGAAUAUUCAAGAACCAAAUAUCCAAUGUCGGAGUUUCCAGCAGUUAGAGUACAACCAGAAGAGUUUCCAACAGUAAAUAUUAGAGACCUAGGGAGCAAUGUCUUGCAGCUUUCCAAUGCUGACCGAUUAUCCUCAGAAAACUCUGAAGUUUUUCGUUCACAGUACCUCAAGAAUAACCUCCUCAUGUCAUUACCUCUUAGAGAACCUCUUGUUGACAUGACCAAUGGUUUAGGGUCACUUGAUGGUGGAUUUUCAAAUGGAAGUACCUUAAAUGGACAAACAAACUCCAGCAAGAUGCCACUUUCACAGUAUUUGCCUGUAUUGAGGAAAUCUGAUUUCAACUCUCAAGGCAUACAGUCAACAGAUGAAAAAUCCCAAACAAUUAAGUGUCUAGAGGGUCAGGAAAGGUCAAAGGUGAAAAAGUCAAGGAAACUUCAAAGGCCAGUUAAAAGUGCCCAAAGGAUGGAUCCAAAUUUCAGAGGUGCCACUGUAAUAUUGCACACAGAAAUAAAAGACAAGAACUGCAGCCUGACUCUGUCUGCCCAUUUCAGUAAUAUUAAUGUAUACAAGCAUCAAACCUACAGAAAACGAAAGCGCAGUGGAUCCUACUCUAUUGCUGAUUCUGCAAGAUCUGUGCCUCCUGUGGAACACAUCGGACUCCAUUGUGGAGAGAUGCUGAUGAUGGUACACCACUCUGUAAUGCAUGUGGGAUCAGGUUUAAAAAGUACCGCAUAAGAUGUAGUGCUUGUUGGCACAUUCCAAAGAAAGAUAUAAAGACAUAUCCCAAGUGUCCUCACUGUGGAGCCUUGCUUCGAGUUUCCUUAGCUAAACGGCAUCCUUGGUAACCAGUGCAAUUAAGCAAUGAAAUUGAAUGGACAGGAACUUGCCAGAAAUUUUAGGAACAUUUUAGGUCUUUUUAUGCUGAUUAAUCAAAUAUUUUGGUAUGCCAUAUUCAGUUUACAUUUAGUAUAGUGUCUUAAUCUGCCAAAUUGAAUCUUAGUUUGUUUACCAUUAACUUUUUAGUUGUAUCCUUUUUCUCCCAACCUUUUAUGAAAAAGUGAGAAAAAAGGACUCUAAAAAUUUGCACGAGAGAUUGAUACGUGUAAAAGGCUAUUUUUAUGGUUGAGUGUAAUGAUACAAUAAAAUUUACAGGAACAUAGAUUAUCUAGCAUACAAGAACUCCUGAAAUUCUUUUUCAUUGCAAUGUAUAAUUCCAAUUGCAGGUAAAAACAAUUUGUUUAUGCUUCAUUAUACAUGUAUAUGUAUUAUCAAAUCAUUCAAAUUCUUCUCAAGUUCUGUAUGAAAUACAAUUAAUAUAUUUAUAAAGUUGUUUACUUUUUUACUUGAUGUUGAUCGAUAUAUUACAAUGUACAUGUAUUUAGUUUAUAUAUAUAUCGAUCAGUUUCAUUUACUUCAUAUUCUAUUUUGUUUCUUCUCAUAUCAGGUAAUAUGACAUUUUUUCUUUUUCAUACAUUGUAUCUGUUUGCAUUUUGAUUAAUUUUCAAAUAAUAAAUAUAUUUUUUUAAUAAAA